AUGACUGCUACAGAUCCGCUUCAAGGCCUUCCUGAUGACUAUGUUGUCACGUCUCAAGCCUUCACCAAACAAGUCUACCGAGACGUAUAUCCAGCCAUUGAUCCAUCAAAUCCCGCCUUAUCACAGAAAGGAAAAGUUGUAAUUGUCACUGGUGCAAGCAAAGGCAUAGGGAGAAAGGGAUUUGCCCGUUCCUUCGCUGCGGCUGGAGCUAAAGGAGUUGUGCUUGUUGCCCGCAGCCUCGGUCAGUUGCAAGAGGCAGCUGAAGAGUUGACAAAGGAGUUUCCAAAGACUCAAUUCUUGCCUCUUGCGUGCGAUGUUCGGAGUGAGACCUCUGUCAAGGCAGUGUUUGAGCAGGUCCGGGCUGCUUUUGGCGCUGCUGAUGUGCUGGUGAAUAAUGCGGGAGCUAAUGAUGAGGGCAAGCCGCUGCGCUCUGCGUCGAUAGCCGCCGUUUGGGAGGGAUUUGAAAUUAAUUUGAAGGGUUCCCUCCUCAUGGUCCAUGAGCUUCUCAACCAUGUUGGCACUACGAAAAGGGCCACCGUUAUCAAUGUCUCAUCUGCAAUGGGCUUCAUCGUCAUGCCCGGAUCGACCAGCUACUCUCUAUCAAAACUUGCCCUGACGCAGCUGUCUCAAUUUAUUACAAUGGAGAAUCCCAAUGUGCGAGCCGUCAGUAUUCAUCCGGGGACCAUCAUGACGGACAUAACCCCCCCUUGGCUGGCCCGGUUCUCCAAGGACACGCCAGCACUGGCUGCGGGAUGCGCGCUCUGGCUGACGACCAAGGAAGCGGCCUUUUUGAAUGGACGAUAUGUCAGCGCUAAUUGGUCUGUUGAUGAGCUUGUGCAGCGUUCGUCGGAGAUUGUUGAUGGGAAGAAGCUGUUGGUGAAUCAUACAGGAGAGCUUGCGUAUGAGCAGAUGACAAAUGAUUAG